GUUGAUACCAAUACGGAAUUUAAAAAUUUAUUCCAAAUAUUGAGUUAUUCCUAUCCAUUUGAAGUGAAAAUCAAUCAAAAUGGGUAAAAGGCAGCACCAAAAGGAUAAAAUGUACUUAACGUACACAGAGUGGACAACUCUGUACGGGGGCAAGCGCUCAGGCACGGCGGUAGAAGAAGACACCUCAUUCAAGAGGCUCCCGUUCGACCACUGCUGCCUUUGCUUGCAGCCGUUCGAAGACCCUUACUGCGACGUUGACGGAAAUGUGUUCGAGCUCCAAGCAUUCUUGGAAUUUGUAAAGAAGUUCAAAAUCAACCCUGUUACGGGGAAGAAAGCUGAUAUAAAGUCAUUGAUCAAAUUGAAUUUCUUUAAAAACGCACAAGAUGAUUACCAUUGCCCGGUAUUGUUCAAAAACUUCACUAAGAAUUCACACAUUGUGGCGAUCAGGACUACAGGAAAUGUAUUCUCAUAUGAGGCUGUGGAGCAACUCAAUAUCAAGGGGAAGAACUGGAAGGAUUUGGUCAAUGACACACCAUUUGUACGUGCUGACAUAAUUACGAUUCAGGAUCCGAGCCAUCUUGGAAAGUUCAAUAUUUCAACCUUUCAUCAUGUGAAGAAUAAUCUUAGAGUUGAGACGGAAGAGGAAAUUGCCCUGAGAAAGGAUCCACAUGCAAGACUCAAGACUGUCUCAGCUGAGACUAAAGACAUCCUCAAUGAGCUGGAGAGGGAUUACAAAGCUCCUGAAGUGAAGGAGACUAAAAAGGAGGUAGCAGACAAGUUCAAUGCAGCCCAUUACUCCACUGGGAUGGUGGCAGCCAGUUUCACAUCCACAGCUAUGGCGCCUGAGACAAUCCAUGAAGCUGCCAUUAUUGCCGCUGAUGACGUUAAGUACGAUAGGGUGAAAAAGAAAGGUAUGUUUAUUCGGUUACCCUAUGAGAUCCAAGGCGGCGAUCCAACGGGCACGGGUCUCGGCGGCGAGUCGAUCUGGAAGAAGCCCUUUGAAGAUGAAGUCAGACCGAAUUUGUCCCACACCGGCCGAGGCGUGCUCGCCAUGGCCAAUGCGGGGCCUAACAGCAAUGGCUCGCAAUUCUUCAUCACAUUCCGCUCAUGCAAGCAACUGGACGGCAAGCACACAAUAUUCGGCAAGCUAGUUGGUGGAGUGGACACACUCAACACCAUGGAGCAGAUAGGAGUAGACAACAAGGACCGGCCCAUACAUGACAUUAUUAUUGAAGCUGCUCAGGUCUUUGUUGACCCAUUCGCUGAGGCUGAAGAACAGCUGAUGGAGGAGAGAGCUGCAGAAUUAAAGAAACAAUCAGAAGAAUCCGGGCCAGGCGUGAAGCCCAAAAAGGCAUCCACACAACCUCUCAAAGUGUUCAGAACCGGUGUGGGCAAAUAUUUGAAUCUGGAACCCUCUAGCAGUAAGCCUAAGCCGGAUGAGACACCUGCUAAGAAGCCUAAGAAAGAGGGGAAUUAUAAGUUCGGGAGCUUUGAUGCUUGGUAGGGGAUAUGGACUUAUGAUUAUUUCCAGAAGGGGUUUAAAACAGAGACAAGUAGCAAAUUGUGUUGUGAAAUUGCAACAUUUUACAAUCGUGGCACAAAUUGCCUCAAAAUCAAAAAUUUUAAUGACAUCAAUAAAAAUAUCUAUGACUUGGAUUUAAAGUUAUAGUUUGUCAAGCAAAUCUUGUCACUAAAAAAGGCGGCAAAUUUUAAUUUUUUUUUUUUUUCAAUUUAUUUUUAAAGGACCUUUAUAAAAUUUUAAAUGUUGGGGCGAAGGUUUACCAUUCCAUAGAAAAAUUGAAUUUUGCACCUUUGUUUAGUGACAAGAUUUGCUUGAUUCUAUUGAAUGUAUUUUUUUACUAUUAUAUUAUAUGUAUUAGUUUUCUCCUAUAAGAUGUAAAUAUUUGUAAAAUAAAAACAAAUGAAUACUUUA